AUGCCUAAACUGCAAGGACCUAUGAGUCUGAAGCUGAUGCAAGCAAGACGCAGAAUGGAGGAUCACAUAUUUCGUAUUGGAUUUGGAAAAGGCAAGAAGAAGGAUUAUAGCUGUGAUGAGACUCCAGAUCCCAGCCGAAGGAACAGUCUUGACAAUGAAGGUGGAGUGCGUGAGACCAGUGUUGUCUUAGUAAGGGAAAGGAAGCUGGUACCGGUGGAUCUUGUGAGGAAUGGGGAUGGGAACGCUUCAGCUUUCUACUUGAGACGUGCCACCUGGGUCGUGCCUGACCCUCAGCUCAUUGCUGCUGUCAUGGACCUACCUGGUGCUCCAGUGAUAGCACGGGCAGCAUUUCUGAUGGAAAUAGCUCACUUCAUUCAUCGGUGCAACCGUGGUGCAUGGCCAGCCUGGAUAAAGAUGUCUCUUCCAAUGUACCGUCCAUCUGUGUCUCUCUCCCGAACUCAACUCUCAGGAGCAAGACGGAUGAACAUCCUUCAACGUGCUGCCGGCAGGAUGUUCUACCAGUGGGCUGAGAUAGUGAAGAGGAAAGUGUUUUCAGCAGUUUGGAUCAUAACAGGGAUCAAUUAUACAGGCCUUGGGGACACGUCUAGAAGAAUCUUUGGGGUAAAAAAAGAGUCUGGACCAACAGUUGAGGAAGUUGUGUCACCCAUCACAGACUCAGAGACUCGGCGAGCCCUCAGAGCCAACGAUGAAGAAGAAGACUUCCUUGAUGAAAUCAGUGUUAAUCCCGGAGGAGCUGACUGUCCGAUGGCUCUCAAGAUGGUGGCAAUACAAGUGUUACUGGAGAUUACUGCUUUCCUGAGGGAGACAUAUACAACAUUACCCAAGUCUACAAGGAUGUCAGUUCGUGGGGAGAGACCAUCUGCCUGUGGUGCUCCUUGCGGUGGUCUGGGACCUGGAAGGGAUCACACCAGGAGAUGGUCCAUGGCUCUCUCAUCCAUGGGUUAUUCUCAUCCGUCUGCCCAGAGCCUACAGAGCAUUGGGGAAGGUCAUCCAGCUGGAUUUACCGGAGAACGCAAGAUCAGCUUUGCUCUGCACGACCCAGACAACGUAAGCCUCGGCAGCUCCAACACCACAGUCACGGUACAGGUUUGAAUCCCACAUUACCUUUCUGCGCUUCCUCAGCUAGAUACAGUGCCACAUCUUUACUUCUUCAUGUCCUGAGCCUUCAUGUUGCACCCUUAAAUUAUAUUCUUUGUCUACAUUAACACUGUUGAAACA